AUGAACCGCCAAUCAAAUCUCUUUGUUUCUCCGCCAAACCUUUAUCUCCAACAUAUUCCUUUUCACAUUCUUUGAAUCAAAAUCAAAGCUUUAAGCUUUAAAGGCUUUUAAACCCCAAAACGACACCGUCUCUCUCAUCAUCAUGACUCAAAAGACAAAAUCUUUCUCAAACCAUGAUAAUCAUCCCUACCUUACUUCUACUUCUUCUCAUGUCUCAAUCAUCAUACUGUUUUUUCUUUGUCACUUUCCUCUGAUUUUUUCUCUACCUCUCAAAAUGUAAAGUUCCAAUUUUUAUUUGUAUCUACCUAUGUUUUGGCCACUAUCAAAGUGGUUAUGAUUAUUAUGAUGAUGAUGAUGAUGAUGAUGAUGAUGAAUUCCCAUUAAUAUUUUUGGUUUUCCUUUUCUGGGUUUUCAAUUUCUUCUGUUGUUAUGGCUCUUAUUGAGUCUUUUGAGAGAAUAUUAGAAUUAGAAAGACCCAUCACAAUUUUGGGAGUGUGUACAAAUUUGUUUUUACUUCUUUCUCCUAUUUGGGUUGCUUUUAUUUUAGGUUUAAUGGUUGGUUGGGCAUGGAAACCCAAAUGGGUAAGCUUUGGAAAAGAAAAUCACUUAGUCUUAACCUCAAACAAUUCUCCAUUAAAAGAGGUCUCUAUGUCCCCUUCUGAAGAUGAUGAAUUCAGUGUAUUGGAGUUAGAUGAAGGGAAUUCUAAUCUUGUAACUGUUGAGGAUUUGGAACAUCUUUUCCAACUUGUGGAGAUGAAAGAUGGAGGUCCUACUUGGAUACCGAUGAUGGAUCGUUCCAACCCAACGAUGAGCUACAAAGCAUGGAGAAGAGAUCCCAAGACUGGUCCUCCCCAAUAUCGUAGUAGCACUGUGUUUGAGAAUGCCACACCUGAAAUAGUAAGGGACUUUUUCUGGGAUGAUGAAUUUCGAUCGAAAUGGGAUGAUAUGCUUGCAUAUUACAAAACUUUAAAAGAGUGUCCAACCACAGGAACCAUGCUUGUUCAUUGGAUAAGAAAGUUUCCUUUCUUCUGUAAAGACAGAGAAUACAUAAUUGGUCGUCGUAUAUGGGAAAUAGGAAGGUCAUACUACUGCAUAACAAAGGGUGUUACCUGUUCUUCCAUCCCAAGGCGUGACAAACCAAGACGAGUUGAUCUGUAUUACUCGAGUUGGUGUAUCCAGAAACGGAGUAAGCUAUUAUGUCAUUCUGCUUCAAAUUCAUUAACUUUGUGUUAGAAAUAAUUGGGGUCACAAUUGUAUAUAUAAAAUGUGUGUUAGGUCAUCAAAUAAAUAAGUCAAAUUUAUGUGGUCUAUUUUGAAAUAAAGUUUAUGACUUAAGGGCAUGAUUGUCAUGAUUUUAAUAUGUGGAUACCAAUUAGAUAGUUUCUGAUUUGAUGAGGGGCCAAAUUAGAAAUUAUUAAUAAAUAUUACCAACUGUUGUAACAGUUGGUAAUAUAACAGGUAUGGGUCCCCAUUUUGCAUCGUAUCAAUAAUUUUACAGAACUCUUGUAUCCCCAUCACCAAGAGAAAAACUUUCAGAGAAAGGUUUUGAUGCAAAUUGGAAGAUCAUACUAAUAAAGAUCAUUUAAAGGUCGAUUCUAUGGACUCCGGUACGCUUCCGCUAUUCCUUAAUCUUAUUGUUUGAUUCUCUUGAAUUAAUUAGGGCUAUAUUCAGAGUUUACAGUAUUCUAACAUGUGGUAUCAAGAGCAUCCCUAAAUUAGUUCUUGAGAAUGUAUAGUAGUGUUGAUUUUCCAUUAAAUUAUUUUUCCUGCAUUUGGUGAAGUGCUGUAUAUAUUUAUGCUAUUGAAAUUUCUGUGUGCGAUUAAGUUUGCUUUGUAUAUAUAUUUAUACAAACUUUGAUAUUACGAUUGAAAAUAUCAAAAUGUCAAAAGUGAUUACUAAUGAAAAGAUGCUAAUUGUACGAUUGAAAUCUUGUUUUGGGUUAUAUGUAUAAGAUUAUAUAUAUCUCUUUAUAGUUUGGUUGUAAUCGCUCAAUUACUGUGUAUAUACAUGCCGCUGGAAUUUUGUUCAGUACUGUAAAGUAUAUAUAUGUAUAAAGUUUCUUUUUUUUUUUUUUAAAAAAAAAAAAGUAUAAUCUUUAACUUUUAUAUACAUAUAUGGAAAAGAGUUUAAUCAAGUUUCCGAUUAGAAGUUUCUGUAAAUAUACUACGGAAAAGACAAGUUUAUUAAGUCUUUUGUUUUAUAUACAAUUUCUGUAUAUAUUAUAUGUAUAUUAAUUAUUCUGUUAUUUUUUUAUGCUAUCAUGUAUACUAUUUUGUUAUUAUUAUUAUUAAAAUAUAUAAUAGAUUUAAUAAUAAUAAUAAUUUAGUAACAAUUAAUUCAAAUUUUGGUUUAAAAAAUUUAUUAAGGAUAUAUAAUAUUUUAGUUAAAUUAAUUGAAACAAAAUAUCACCAAAGUGAUCUCUUUUGUGUAGAUUAAUUUAAUAAAAAUAUUAUGAUAAUUGUGUGUAUGUAAUUCAUAAAUUUAUUAAUUAACCCAAAGGUGAGUUAAUAUUUGGAUGAAUUUCAUGCAUGUUUGUGGUGAUAAAUGUGUGACAAUUAUAAGGUAUUUUGUGUGAACAAUGUGUUAGUCCAAAGAUUGCAUAUUGUUUGACAUAAUUUAUUGUCAAUGUUUGAUCACUACAACAAGAGUACCGCUUACAAUUAAUAUUACUGUCCAAAGACUUAAUAUUAAUGUUGUGUUUGGUAUCUUGAGAUGGGAUUAACCAAUAUUUGAAUUUAUUGUUUUAUUUGGAUUCUUAUAUGAGCAUGUUAUUUAUGUAAUUGUAUUGUUCUUUUCAGCUGUUGCUAGUGUAUCUGCUAACCUUAAUUCGGUACCGGUCCUUAAUGGUAAUAACUUUAAGGACUGGAAGGAGAACAUUUUUAUUGUUCUUGGCUGCAUGGAUCUUGACCUUGCAUUAAGGAUGGAUCGUCCUGCUUCUCUUACGGAUAACAGUACCUCCGAGCAAAGGAGGAUUUAUGAGAAGUGGGACCGUUCAAACCGCAUGAGUCUUAUGAUCAUUAAGCGCGGCAUACCUGAGGCUUUUAGGGGUGCGGUGUCCGAGGAGGUCACCGAUGCCACAACUUUCCUUGCUGAAAUUGAGAAACGCUUUGCAAAAAGCGAUAAGGCGGAAACAAGUACUCUUUUAAAGAAACUUAUUUCCAUGAAGUUUAAGGGCAAGGAAAACAUAAGGGAGUACAUUAUGGAAAUGUCUCACCUUGCUUCAAAGUUGAAGGCACUAAAGCUUGAGCUUUCGGAUGACUUGCUUGUGCAUUUAGUGCUUAUCUCUCUUCCUCCACAAUUCAGUCAAUUCAAGGUCAGUUACAACUGUCAAAGGGAGAAAUGGACUCUUAAUGAGCUCAUUUCAUUUUGUGUUCAAGAGGAAGAAAGAUUGAAGCAAGAGAAGACUGAAAGUGCUCAUUUGGCAAGCACCUCUAAAGAUAAGGGCAAGAAAAGAAAGAAUGAGGCUGCUAAGGAUAAAGGUCCUGCACAUAAGAAACAAACUCAAACCAACAGUGAUGAUGGUUGUUUCUUUUGCAACAUGAAAGGACACAUGAAGAAGGAAUGUGCUAAGUAUAUUGCAUGGCGAGCAAAGAAAGGUACAUUUCUUACUUUGGUCUGUUCUGAGGUAAAUUUAGCUUCAGUACCAAGAAACACUUGGUGGUUAGAUUCUGGUGCUACUACUAACAUCAGUGUUUCUAUGCAGGGUUGCCUGAGUUGCCGAAAGCCAAAUGAUGCUGAAAGAAGCAUUUAUGUGGGAGAUGGCAAGUCGGUAAAUGUGGAAGCAAUAGGGCAUUUUAGGUUGUUGUUAAGUACUGGUUACUAUUUGGACUUAAUAGAUACUUUUGUUGUACCGUCUUUUAGACGGAAUUUGGUUUCUGUUUCUUGUUUGGACAAAUUGGGUUAUUGUUGUUCAUUUGGAAACAAUUGCUUUAGUUUAUCUAUUAAUUCAAAUAUUGUUGGAACUGGUUCA